AAUCACGGAAAUGAUCUAUAUCUGUUUGUAUAUAAGUUGCCACAGUCAAGAAUUGAGAACCACUCUCUACUUUGGAUUGUGAACAUAAUGUCUUACCUUCGAGUUCUUGUUCUUGCAGCCGUGGCAGUUGCUGUUUUCGCUGCCGAAAAACGAGCUGGAUGUACGACUAACACUGACUGCAGCGGAAUAACCUGUCCACACGGCGAGAAAGGUUAUUGUGAGCAAGUACAUGGUACCGGAAAUGGAGGUGGUGAAUUGGCUUGCAUCUGCAAGAAGCAUCAAAAAAGAGCAGUGAGAGCUAACCCUGGAUGCUGUUCUGCCGGUGAUUGUGACGCCAACGCACUUGGAUGUGAUCCCCACCACCAGAUUGCCACAUGUCAAAUCAUUAGUCAACAUGGUCACUGUCACGAUAACGUGUGCAAAUGCAUCCAGAAACAUAACGGCUGAUUAAUCAAACUUGCAAUAAAACAACAAUACAGAUCUUUUGUAUUUAUUAAAUAAAAAAAUCACAAAUUAAA